CAGUGCGGUCCCAUUCAGCACUGUGCCUGACACUACUCAGCUGCAGAGAUGAAUAACCAAGAAGUUACCUAUGCAGAACUCAAUCAGGUUAAGGGCUCAAAAAGACAUCAAAUGAAAGCUAAGGGCACUAAAAGUUCCAUUUCAGUAACUGAGCAGGAAAUAACCUACGCAGAAUUAAAUCUUCAAAAUGCUUCUCAGGAUCUUCAAGGCAAUGGCAAAAAUUACCCGUGGAAAGGGAAGCUCAUUGCUGGGAUCCUGGGAAUCAUCUGCCUUGUCUUGAUGUCCACUGUGGUCACAAUAGCUGUUAUUCUCUUUCCUGAAGGACCAGUGCAGAACAAAGCGUCCUCGGAAACAAAGACCCAGAAAGCAUGUCAUUGUCCAAAAGAGUGGAUUACAUAUUCCAACAAUUGCUAUUACAUUAGCACUGAAAGAAAAUCAUGGAAUGAGAGCUGGUCGUCCUGUGCUUCUCACAGCUCUAAACUGUUCCACCGGGAUGAUGAAGAGGAAACGUGUUUGUUCAGCCACCUCAUUCGUUCUUCAUGGAUUAGUGCAGUUUCCCAGAACAUCAGUAUUAAUUCAUCUUUGUGGCCAAAAGACUUGACCUUCUUACCUAAAAUGUCGUCAGUUUCUUCAGAGAGUGACAAGGAUUGUCCAUUUUUCAACUUUGACUCAAACAAAACUUCUUUUGAACCCUGCUUAGAUCUAAAAAAAUAUGUUUGUAAGCACUAGGCAUUUUAGUUACCUAAGCUAUCUCGCCAUCUAUAAAGAACAUAUAUCUCA